GCCGUGGUUCAAAACACAAGAGCUCACUUUGGGUUUAACGGCGUCACGUCGCUGCGCACUAGCUGAUGGUAGCCUGCUGAAAGAGGCUAAGAAGACGGAUCAAAAGACUUUGUCAACAAUGGCAGAAGGAGGAGAUGUGGAUUGGGAGCUCAGCAAAGAAAACAUCCAGCCACUGAGGCGCGGCAGAGAUAUAUCAGCCUUGCGUCAAGCCCUAAGCCAACGAGAAGAAGGACCCACCUCUGCAAUCAACCAGCAGAAACAGAUGUUUGAGUCUGAACUUCGAACGUAUGAUGGAGAUGAUCCACUUAGCGUUUGGGAUAGGUAUAUUAAGUGGACAGAGCAAACCUUCCCACAGGGAGGAAAAGAAGGCAACCUGGCAACGUUGUUGGAGCGAGCUGUGACCAGAUUCACGGAUGAAAAAAUGUACCACAAUGACCCUCGCUACGUUGAACUCUGGAUCAAAUUUGCGGAGAACUGCCCAGAGCCCCUCGACACUUACAGGUACAUGCAAGCACAAGGCAUAGGAGUGAGACAAGCCUCGUUCUACAUCGCCUGGUCUGAAGAGUACGAGAAUCAGGGCAGUUAUCAAAAGGCAGAUCAUGUCUAUCAGGAGGCGUUCAACAACCUCGCUGAGCCGCACGAUAGGCUUCUUCAGUUUCACAGGGCUCUGCAGGCUCGUGUGUCCCGACAGGUGUUCUUAAAAUUGGAAAACGACAGCAGCGACGAGGAGCCUAAACAACCUGAGAGAGUUUCUCUGGCCGACCUCAAACACAGAGGGAAAAAGAAGGCCAUCGCUCCGGUCAACAGGACUGGGACGGCAAUCAAAAAUAUCACCAGAGGCCUGCAGUCAAGCGGUGCCCCUGUCCUCAGCAACGCCGCAAACAGGCAGCUGGUGGUGUUCGAUGAGAACAAAGCUGAGGCCGCCGGUCCAUCAGAAGCUACCCUGGAAUCUUGGUUGGCUCCUCCCCCGUCGAAGGCGAAAGAAAAUGAACAGAAGCCUGGGAAAUGGUGUGAUAUGAAGAUGCCUCAGAAAACAAAAUUCGGACAUUCAGUCAUGGCUCCCCCGCCGCCAAAACCUACCUUUCAACCAUUUGUCGAGGAGUCUGACCAGCCUCCCACAAUGACGCCGUGUAAGAUCAACCCGGCGGUGAACUCGGUUCUUUCCGCCCGGAAGCCGAGUAAAGAAGAAACCCCUCUGAAAAGACUGCAAGAGCAUCAUCAGCAGCACAAGGAGGCAGAAGCGGGCAAACUGCAGGAGCGGAGCAUGUACUGUAAAGAGCUUCUGCUCAGCGGCGCCACCGAAUUCUGCUUCGAGGAGCUGCGAGCUGAACACUCCUUCAAAAAGCUGGCCCAAGGGUCGCAGGAAGCAGGAGGGGAGGGCUGUCAUGCAUCUGCUGCUGCUGCUGCUGCUAUUUGACACUUUCACCUCAAAAUGUUCGCCAUGAUUCUUGCAACAUUUUAUCGCAAGUAUGUUUGCGACUGUAUAGUUUAUUUUCCUGUUGUAAAUAGGCUUUAGCUUCAGAACACCCGACUGUUAGGAUUUGUUAAAAGGUCACACACGAAAGCGCAGACCUAACAUUACUGUAGAAAUGAAAACCGGAGGGGUGGGAGCAUUUUUUUUUAGAGUUCAUGUACAACUAUUGAGCCUAAUGUAUUGGUGUCCCGCCUGUCGAGUACUUCUGUUUGUUUGUGCUUUCUGCUAUUGUUCUUUAGAACAGGGACUUUUAUGUGUGCAGCUUUUUAUGUCUUUUUCCCCCCCAUUAUAGUAUUAUUUUUUUUUAAGCGUUUUAUUGACUCUUCCAUAACACUCAUUAGAUUCAGUGAAGCAAUAUGGCUGGUCUUUACACAGUCUGACUAAACUGCUUCUUAGCCAUGUGUCACUGAUAUCUAAUAAACUUGUUAAAACACCAGUGAGACCCUCUAAUGAU